GGAAGUGAGGGGAGCACUUCCGGGUUCGGCAAUAAGCUGGAGCCGGCGGCCUUAGCUCGGCCCUUUGGGCCUUCUUCCGAAGCUCCGCCUUCGCUCCGCUCUUUCUAGAAACCCAGCUUUGCUCUUGGUGGUGUCGGACAGGUAUUUCCCGGCCGCUGCGGGUACCCGCGGGACAGUCCGCUGCACUGAAGCGGCGAGUCCUUUGCUCUGUGGAGGCUCGGAAACUCCCGCCGGGAGCAGGAAAGUCAGUUCCCGGUGUCGCGACCCCGGCGCUGACCUUCCUUCGCUCUUUUCCCUUUCCGAUUGCAGCGUCCCAGACGCGUGAGAUCCCCAUGGCGGAUACGGCCCCGAACGGCCCCCAAGGGGCGGGCGCAGUGCAAUUCUUGAUGGCCAAUAAACUGGACACGGCAAUGUGGCUUUCUCGCUUGUUCACAGUUUACUGCUCUGCUUUGUUUGUUCUGCCUCUUCUUGGGUUGCAUGAAGCAGCAAGCUUUUACCAACGUGCUUUGCUGGCAAAUGCUCUGACUAGUGCUCUGAGGCUGCACCAAAGAUUACCACACUUCCAGUUAAGCAGAGCAUUCCUGGCCCAGGCUUUGUUAGAGGACAGCUGCCACUACCUGUUGUAUUCACUCAUCUUUGUCAAUUCCUACCCUGUUACAAUGAGUAUUUUCCCAGUCUUGUUAUUUUCUUUACUUCAUGCUGCCACAUACACGAAAAAGGUCCUCGAUGCAAAGGGUUCAAAUAGUUUACCUCUGCUGAGGUCUCUCUUGGAUAAAUUAAGCACUAAUCAACAGAAUAUUCUGAAAUUCAUUGCUUGUAAUGAAAUAUUCUUGAUGCCUGCUACAGUUUUUAUGCUUUUUAGUGGUCAAGGAAGUUUGCUCCAGCCUUUUAUAUACUAUAGAUUCCUUACCCUUCGAUACUCCUCUCGAAGAAAUCCGUAUUGUCGGACCUUGUUUAAUGAACUGAGGAUUGUUGUUGAACAUCUAAUAAUGAAACCUGCUUGCCCACUGUUUGUGAGAAGACUUUGUCUCCAGAGCAUUGCCUUUAUAAGCAGACUGGCACCAACAGUUGCAUAGUUUAACAUCCAGCUAAGUUAUAUAUAAUAUAAAUAAGCAUUAUUAGCUGCUGGUACUUCUGCUACGGAUGGUUAAUUCCAGGUGUAAAACUGACCUCAGUGCAAUUUACAUAAUUUACAUAAAUGCAUCUCAAAAGAAAAAUGAUCAUUUUCCUGGCAUGUUAAAUCAAGCCUUUUAAACACUUUCUGAGAAACUUUAUUGUAAUGUAUUGUUAAUAGUUAGGGAAGUUUGAAUCUUGUGAUAAAUGUAUCAAAAAUUCUUUAGAUGCUGCUGUGCCUUUAUCAUGAAGUACAUUUAUUUCUCUGGUAAAAAUAGCUCUAAAAUUUGUUUUCAUCUCAUCUAAUUGGUAACCUGAAUUUAUAUCUGGCAUGAGUUCAUUAUAGUAACAUUAACAUGUAAAUUCAGUAUAUUUUGAGACAGUAUUCUUUUGCCAUUCAGUAAUUUUGGCUGAUGAUUUUAACAAAAACACUUCCCACUGUAUUUAAUUUCAAAUUGCUUUUAAAUUGAUUUUGUGCUGCUUUGUUAGGACAGAUUUAUUUUGGAUAUACUGUUAUAAUAGGAAUUCUAUAUGUAUCUUAUACUAUGACCUUCCAAAAUUUUAUUUUCAUAAUUACUUCUGUGGCUUUGAAUAUUUUUUUUUUAAAGGCCCAACUGAAAGCUUGUUAACCAAUUGGGUAAAUAUUUGUGGUCACCUAAGCGUUUUACAUCAGAGAGCAAUACAGUAGUCGGACACUUUUCCUUUCACAGACCCAUUGAGUAACAUUUCUCAAAUAGGAAAUCCUUCUUUUAGAAAUGUGGGCACAUAGGUUUUAGUAUUACUGUAAUUUAUACAAUUAUUUAGAUCAGAUUCUUGACUGCCAGUUUUCUCGGUUUCUUAGGCUUGAUUUUCAUAGACAGUUGCAGCAAUUCAGAUGCUUUUUGAAAGGAAUGUAACUGAAGAUUGAGCGUAUGACUAAACUUUGUAUCUGUUCUGAAAUAACGAAGAUUAUACAUACUUACCCAUCAAAUCUGACUUAAAAGGUUAAAUAGAAAGGUUUAUAGGAAAGGUUAUUGCCUGGGAAUGGAGCCAGGGGAGGAGUUGUGGGGGGAAUAGUGUGCGUUUCGGUGGUGUAACGCACAGCUGCAUUUGGGGGGAUUGGAUGUAUUAUGCAACUGUGAUUUGAGUUGUAUAAUAUGUUAAAUGUGUUCGUUGAGCUUCCAUUAACUCCUUUUUAAAAUUCAUUCUGAUCUUUAUUGUUGCAUGAUUGGAAAUGUUUAAAACCUUGCAAAAUGUAAAUACAGAGUAAUUAACGGUUUUUUUGUGACCAGUUUUCUUCUAUGUGCAUGUAACUUGGAUUUCUCCAGUAUACUCAGUGACUUACCAGUAACAUCAGUUUUCUUUUUAUUCAACUUUUUGAUCUAUAGAAAUGUGAUACCUACUUGAUAGCUCAACUGUCACCAGCUAUUUUUGUAAUUUUGUAAUAUUUAUCUACUAAGUUAGAGAAGCCUCGUAAUAUACAGUUGAUUGUAGGGGUGGGGCAGUCUCACUAUCACUAUGUAUCACUAUCUGAUGGUUUUAAAAACUAAAUUUUCUAGAGCAAUAAAGUAAUUAUAAGGUUAAGUAAACAAUAUAUUAUUGAUUUCUAAUGACGUUUUUAAAAAUUUGAAUUGUAUCAAGAAAUUUUGGCAGCUGAAGGCAUACUUUUAAGUUACUAGGUGUUUUUGUUUGCUUUUACAAUUUUUUUAAAUCUUGAGAUAAUUUUAGAUUUGUAGAAGAGUUGUAAAAAAUAGUAAAGAGAGUUCCUAUAUACCCUUUACUCAGCUUCUCCUUGUGUUAACAGCUUCCAUAACUAUACAACAUUUAUCACAACUAAGAAAUUAACCCUGGAACAAUGCUAUUAACUAUUAAGGUACAGAACUUAUUCACAUUUCACCAGUUUUUCCAUUUAUUAAUUUUCUUUUUGUGUGCUCUGUUUCUACCAUGAUGUUUCUUUGAAUGAUCUAUAAGUAUGCCUCUGUUUUUAGUUUUUCCUGUUUACGUUGAAAAUUACUAUUGGUCAAAAGGAUUUUCCUAAAGGAAAUAAUUCAUGUUUAACAACAAGAAUUUAACAUUAAUACUAUUACAAUUUAAAACCCUCUGUGCUUCAAAAGUCAGUGCUUUUAUCACAUAAUGGAGUUAUAUUUCUGAUAUGCUCAUGUUCUUUAAAGGAAGGCUUGAUUUAUAAACAAAAUACUCCUAAACUCAUGAAAAAAUAAAUCUUAAAAUUUGAGCAUUACUAGAUGUUUAGUUAGCAUGAACAUGUAGUUAGGAAUUUUGCAGUAUGAAUACAUACAACUAGCUAAUUUGACAUCUGAAAUUAUAGGGUAACUUGCAUAUCUAUCAAAUUAAAAUUAAGGAAAUAGAGUAUAUAGAAUGAAUGUACUAGGAGAAGUUAUAGCUGCAUAGCUGAAUUUAUUUUUACUUACAGGUUUAAAAAAAAGUUGAUUUAACAUCCAGAAUAUCUAAUUCUUUAGGAAGUGGUAUAGUGCUGCUGUUCUUCUAGCACUUUUAGAUAUUAAACCUUCUUGGACAGGUGGAACAAAAUCUACUUUAUUUCUAACAAAGAUUCUAUAUUCCAUUUGUAUACUUGACUCCUCUUGAAUUUUAACUAUUUAACAUCAGUCUAAAGAGAAAUUUCAUAAAUAACAAUUUGUAUUUAAAUUUUCUUGGGGUAAAAUUCACGAAGGUAGAUGCUCCUAGAAGAAGUAAGCAAGAAAGAAAGCUAACCUUUUUAAAAAAAAAAUUGAAUUUAGUUAUUUGGGAACCUCCCUUAUGGGGAAAAUCAAGGCAUGCUUAACAUUAAACCAGAAGUUGUGAAGGAUUUAUGGUCUGUUGUAUAACUAAGAAUUGUAAAGCUAUCAGAAUACUUCUUUUCCUCCUAAAAAUCAGGAUCAAAAAUCAGUCUAGGUUUGUGAGUUUAGGACAUGAAUAUUAUUCAUCCUAAAAAGGAAAAUAGGUGUGUAUAUAAUGCUGCGAGCAGAACUGAGAGUUUUUGCUUUAAGUUUGAGAUAAGAAUGAAAUUAAUUUUGAGGGAUUGUGGUAAAGAUCCUUAUCUAAUGCUAAGGAAUCUGUUUUAAUUAAUAUAGUUCUGAAGCUCCCAUCCACCCAUCUACCCAAAUCCCCUUUUGAUCUGCUAGCCUCAUUGCUGUCACCCAAAUUGAGACUGAUUUUUAUUCUGUAAUGAAAACGUCAAGGGAGAAAGUAACCACAGUUAUGUUUAUGAGCAGUAGGUGGCACUCUUUCCUCAAGUAGUCCUCAGCUGUUUUACGUGCCAUGUUGGAAGGUUAAAUGACACUAAAUCCUGAGUCAGCAUAAAACUAAGGACCUGAAUUCCAUGACUCUUUAAUAUGUAAUUAUUCAAUAUUCAGUAAAUAUUUAGUAAGCAUUUACUAUGAGUACAUUUUAAAAAUAUUGAAAUGUUCAAAAGCUGGAAGAAGUACCCUGUUAAUAUCUGCUUUCUAGGUAAAUAAUAGUAUAGGCCACAAUUAUUGGUGUUAUUCAGAUCAUGAUCUCUCUGCUGUUUUUGUUUUUGUUUUCAUAAGUGCCUAAAUUACCUAAACACAUCAAUUAUAAAAUUGCUCUUUCUCCUUCAUUUCAGGUAUAUAGAAAAAUGGUACUUGAAAUUUGUUCAUGUUCAUUUUGUAGGUGUACAAGGUGUAACUAGUUCCAUCUCUUAAAAUUUAGACUUUUCACAAUAAUACAAAAGCAUAUUGAAAUUUUUGGAUAUUAGGAAUGGUACCUAGAUUUGUAAAUUCAGUUUGAGUUGCAGAGACAACUAUUGAUAGUUUCACUUAUCAUCUCGUUGGAAUUUCUCUAGAGUUAAGAGAAUUCUACAGAGGAUAUAUGAUAGUGUAGCUCAACAGAUAAUAUACCAAAGGCAUAUAUGUUUUAUAAAUCCGGGAGUUAUUUCCAGAGAUUGUUGCAAUGAGCAGGCCUGUUACAAUAUUCUGGGUGGAAAGUUGUGAUUGGAUCUGAUAUUAAGGAUAAGAAAGGAGCUGCUGAAAGUUUGGGAGGCUUCCUGGUAGUGAUUAUUCUAUGAUAUGUUUAUCUUCAGAGGUGGUAUUCGGGAGGAUUCUUAGAAAGGAACACAUCCCUGUGUGAGGGAUUAACUGUAGAGUAGUCUCUCUCCUGUUGUGCAGUGCAAAUAGGAAAACUGACCUGCACUGAAUUUGAGUUGAUGUGACAAGAGGUAAAGUACAGUAUUUUUUUAGUCUAAAACAGAUUCUUUUUCUUAGAAAAUGAUAGAGAAAAAUUAUUAUUAGGUAUCUUUGCUGGAAUCUAAAAAUUAGCUCACAUUCCAGAAGAAGGAAAGGCCCAAGAAUCAUUUCACUUUUUCCAUCAUAGUUUUCCAGAGCUACUUUUUUGAUAUGCUCAGUACUUUUAAACUAACCAUUUUUUUUUCUUGGUUCAUGACAGUUUAGUUCCAACCUAGACUAUUUUCUUUUGUAACUUUAAGACAAAUGCUUUUGAUAUGAAUUUUUGCUUGCGUAUGUAUCUGUAAGUUCAGACCAGAUGGGCAAAGUCUUGGGCAGAUAACAUUUGUGAUGUGUAUAUAUUGGAACAAAUGUAAAAGGGUCACAAGGAUUAGAAAGAGAGUCAUAAAAAACUGCUUGAUAUAUAAUGCAUGACUUCUGGUGCUCUAUAUAAUGGGAGAUAUUGAACUAAAAAAUUUGUAUACACAGUAUGUCAGCAUUUCUUAGUAACUUCUUUUGAAUCCAUUUUUAAUAUCUAAUAUUAUACAGGUUGGGGAGUUACAUACUCUUCAGGCCAAUACUAUCCAGACUGUAUAAAUUUAUAAAAUAAAUUGAAAAAUUCAUCAUUCCCCUGUAUUCAAGAUCAAAGCACAUAAAUGCUAAUGUAGGGCUCAGAGGGGACAUAAUAUUGCUCCUGAAUAUUUGAGAAAAUGUGAACUCCUUUCAAGAAAAUCUAAUAAACAUAAUAAUCCUAGCCUGCUGACACUAAGGAAAAAGGACCUCAUUCACUCUUUCUUUUAUGCAGUGAUUUACUGGUCCCUACUGAUUCUCAAAUUGAAUCACCGUACUAAAUUAUCUGUGCUGGUACCUGUGAAAGUAAGCCCUGGGAUCCGUAUUUGUUUUGUGUUCUGCUUAAAUCAGCAAGAAUGAUAAAUUUGAUGGUGUGAAAUUGGAAGUGUCAAGGGCUCUCUUUGGUGAUUGAGCAAAAUAAUGUCUCCACUUGUAAUUUAUUGUGACCCUUUUUCACUGUAUGUGCUUUGUAUAUCUAAUAUUUAUUUCAAUACAAAUUAAAUUGUUGUUCCCGCAUCUGUAUUGUUAUACCUAAGAUUUUAUUGAUGUAAAAAUCAAAUUGCAUAAUAAAAAAAAAUUUUCUCUGGA